AUGGAUGACUCCAUGUUCGACAUGGAGGACGGUAGUUCAGACUUUGAACCUGUCACCAAAUCAAAGCCCAAAGCUGCAAAGAAAUCGGCGGAUGCGAAACCUGCGGCCAAAAAGGCAGCUGCUCCGAAGGCGAAACCUGGUCCGAAGCCCAAGACAACGGUCCCCAAGAAGCGCUCUAAGAAAGACGCGGAAGAUGAGAGCCUGGUCAGCGACGCGGCCGAUGCCUUCGAUGAUGAAUCCCUUCUUGCAGAUACCCCUCCCAUGGCAAAGAAGGUCAAGCCAAACCCGAAUCCUGUCAAGGGGAGCCACAAGAAGCCUCUAGGUGACCUCGUCAACGAGGCGAUUGGGACAGAUGGCGCAAACGAUUCCCCGCAGCCACAAAGAAAGAAGCGCGUCUCUGAGCAAUACCAAAAGCUCACGCAGUUGGAGCACAUUAUCAAGCGUCCUGACACAUACAUUGGUUCCGUCGAACGUACAGAGAAGCAAAUGUGGGUCUACAAUACUGAGCAGGACUCGAUGGAGUUUCGUGAGGUCUCAUACGUUCCCGGCGUGUUCAAGAUAUUUGACGAAAUCUUGGUCAAUGCCGCAGACAACAAGCAGAACGACAAGAACAUGAACGAGAUUCGUGUAACCAUCGAUCGCGAGAAGGGCGAGAUCAGUGUCUGGAACAACGGUCGCGGCAUUCCCAUCGAGAUCCACUCAAAGGAGAAGAUCUACAUCCCGGAAAUGAUUUUCGGGCACCUUCUCACUGGCUCGAACUACGAUGACAACGAACAGAAGAUCACCGGCGGCCGAAAUGGUUACGGCGCCAAGCUUGCCAACAUAUUCAGUACAGAAUUCACAGUCGAGACAUCCGAUUCGAGACAGAAGAAGAAGUACAAGCAGACCUGGACCAAGAACAUGUCUGAGAUGGGCAAGGCGAAGAUCACCGACGCCAAAGGCGAAGAUUACACCAAGGUUACCUUUUUCCCAGACUUUGCAAAGUUCGGCAUGAGCGCUAUGGAUGAUGACUUGGAGGCCCUUUUCAAGCGUCGUGUGUACGAUCUCGCUGGCACUUGUAAGGGUGUCAAAGUGAAACUCAAUGGCUCUGCGAUCCCAGUCAAAAACUUCAAGAAGUAUAGCGAGAUGUACACCAAGGCCAUCAAGAAAGAGCGUGGCGUUGAGGCUGCUAAUGAUGCCUCGGAUAUCAUCACUGAGUCUCCCGACCCUCGUUGGGAGAUCGGAUUUGCUGUCUCAGACGGCUCUUUUCAGCAAGUCUCCUUUGUCAACUCCAUCGCAACAACCUCCGGAGGCACGCACGUCAACUAUAUCGCCGAUCAAAUUGUCAAUCGCUUAAUUGAAAUCGUGAAGAAGAGGAACAAGGGUGGCGCACAAUUGAAGCCGAAUCAGAUUCGCAACCAUAUCUUUAUCUUUGUCAACGCACUGAUCGUCAACCCAGCCUUCACAUCGCAGACCAAGGAGCAACUUACCACGAAAUCUAGCCAAUUCGGAAGCAAGUGCCAGAUCUCCGACGAGUUCAUGAAGAAGGUGGCGAAGACUGAGGUCAUCGAAAACAUUCUCCAUUUUGCUCAGCAGAAGGCUGAUCAGAUUCUCAAAAAGUCUGAUGGCAGCAAGCGCAGUCGCAUGAACAACCCGAAGCUGACUGAUGCGAACAAAGCCGGCACCAGAGAGGGUCACAAGUGUACACUGAUCCUGACUGAAGGUGACUCAGCCAAAGGCCUGGCGAUGGCAGGACGAUCCGUUGUAGGCCCAGAUUUGUUCGGUGUCUUCCCACUACGUGGUAAGCUACUCAACGUCCGAGAUGCUUCGGUCGAUCAGAUCUCGAAGAAUGCCGAAAUCCAGAACAUCAAGAAUUUCUUGGGCCUCCAACACAAGAAGACCUAUACUGAUACAAAUGGUCUUCGUUACGGUCAUUUGAUGAUCAUGACCGAUCAGGAUCAUGACGGAAGUCACAUUAAAGGGUUGCUGAUCAACUUCCUACAAGUACAAUUUCCCAGUUUACUCAAGAUUCCAAAAUUCUUGGUCGAAUUCAUCACUCCCAUCGUCAAAGUUUGGAAGGGCGACCCCAAGAAUCCGACUCAGUCCCGGUCGUUCUACACCAUGCCCGAGUACGAAGCCUGGAAAGAGGCUCACAAGCACGAAAAAGGAUGGGAGAACAAAUACUACAAGGGGUUGGGUACAAGCACCACCGAAGAUGCGCAGCAAUACUUCAACGACAUCGAUAAGCACCACAAGGAAUUUGACGUAAUGCAGGACGAGGAAGCGUCCUUGAUCGAACUUGCUUUCUCCAAGAAGAAGGCAGAUGAACGCAAGGAGUGGCUACGACAAUUUAAGCCCGGCACAUACCUCGACCAUACCACCAAGAGCAUUUCGUACACUGAUUUUGUUAAUAGAGAGCUGAUACUGUUCAGUAUGGCUGACAACAUUCGAUCCAUUCCUUCUGUUGUCGACGGCUUGAAGCCCGGCCAGCGGAAGGUCAUGUACGCAUGCUUUAAGCGAAACUUGAAGAAGGAUAUGAAAGUCGCUGAACUGGCAGGUUUGGUUGGUGGAAUGACAGCUUAUCACCAUGGCGAGGCUUCUCUUCAACAAACGAUUGUCGGCUUGGCUCAAACCUUCGUUGGAUCGAAUAACAUCAACCUUCUUGAGCCAUCAGGCCAAUUUGGUACUCGAAACCAGGGAGGAAGUGACUCUGCAAGCGCUCGUUACAUCUUUACGCGCCUAUCACCUUUUGCCAGGAAACUCUUUCACCAAGCCGAUGAGCCUCUUCUCACGUACAAUUUCGAUGACGACAAAAAGAUCGAACCGGAAGUUUAUGCACCGGUCGUCCCCAUGAUUCUUGUCAAUGGCGCGGAUGGUAUCGGAACGGGCUGGAGCUCCUCGAUUCCCAACUACAACCCUGAAGAUAUUGUGGCGAAUCUGAAGCGCAGAAUGGCUGGGGAGGACUGGAAGCCCAUGCAACCAUGGUUCCGUGGAUUCAAAGGCGAGGUCAAAGAGACAGCCCCUGAUCGUUUCCAGUUUAGCGGUAUCAUCACGCAGACCGGUAACACUGAGGUGGAGAUUACCGAGUUGCCCAUUCGCACUUGGACACAGGAUUUCAAGGACAAGCUCGAGGAGAUCAUCAAGGCAGAGAAGACUCCGUCGUUCAUCAAAGACUAUAAGGACUACAACACCCACGACUCUGUGCACUUCAUCAUUCAGAUGGAUGAGAAACACAUGAACGCCGCCAUCUCGGAAGGACUUGUAGAGAAGUUCAAGCUCACCAAGUCCGUAGCAACGUCGAAUCUCGUUGCAUUCGACCCUGAAGGCCGUAUCACCAAGUACGCAAAUGUCGAAGCCAUCAUGGACGAAUUUUACAGCUAUCGCCUGCAGCUGUACGCCAAGCGGAAAGAGUGGCUCUUGCAAGAGAUGCAGAAGGAAUUGAGGCGGUUCACCAACCAAGCUCGAUUCAUCCAGAUGAUCAUUGAUGGCAAACUUAGCAUCUCCAAGAAAAAGAAGGCCGUUCUCAUUGCUGAGCUCCGAAAGCUUGGGUUCGAUGCGUUUCCCAAAACUCAAGAUGCCGCCAAGCAUGGCGAGGAAGAGCCUGUUGUCGAAGAAGAUACGGAAGAUGAUUCUGUCGAUGCCAGUUCCUAUGACUACCUUCUUGGCAUGCCCUUAUGGUCAUUGACACAAGAACGUGUCGAGCGGCUACAACGACAGAUUGGUGACAAAGAAGCAGAAAUUGAUGUCUUGAUGAAGAAAUCCAAGGAAGAUCUCUGGAACCACGACCUCGACGAGUUCAUUGCUGAGUGGCGGUUCCAACUGGAGGACGAGCACAAUCGCAAGCGUAACAUCCGGAAAGGACGGCGUGUCUCGAAGAAAUUUGCCACCGCAGCCACUACUAAGCCGACCGCGAAGAAGCGAAAGGGACUUGGCGACGCUUUGGACGAUGAUUCUGAUUUUGAGGCGUUCGUGCCCAAAGCGAAAAAGGCUGCGCCAGCUCCAAAACCAAUCCAGCCUACAAAGCAGCGCUCUAUCGCGGCGUAUGUUGCCCCCAAGACGAAUGCUUUGAAAAGUGCGUUGGAAAAGAGAGCAUUGUAUACUGAUGGUUCCAGUGACCCCAUCGAAGAACCUGAAACGGACGCUGCGAAGCCAAAAGCUUCCAGCGAAGCGAAAGGCGCAAAACCCGAAUCGGAUGCCGAUGCUGCUCUCUCGAAAGCUGGCAGUCGGCAGUCUCGUGCUGUCACCAAGAAGCCUACCAAUUACGCUUUAUUGAGUGAUUCGGACAGCGACAACGGAGACGGGCUACUUGCCGACCUUGGUGACAUGGUCAAAGGGCUUCCUAGCAACCCCACCACUGAUAGUGGCAGCGAAGCCCGAGCUCUCUUCUCGAACUCGGUGUCUCGGCCAACCAGCAGUCACGGUUACAAGCCCAUUUCCAAACCCGUUGCAAAGACAUCAAUGAAUUUGUCAGAUGAUGAGACCGACUACAAGAUGUUGGCUCCUCAACAGUCUCCAAGACGGUCCAUCAUUGUGACGAACAAGGAUGACACGAACGUCCCCGAAGAGUUGGAUGAUGUGAUAAUCCCUGCGAAAAAGCCAGUCACGACGAAGGCGAAGAAGACAGUUAGCGAUGAUAGUGACAGCGACGCCGUCCUUCCGAAGCCUAAGAAGUCAGCACCUGGGAAGAAGGCUAUCAGUGACGAUAGCGACAGCGAUGUGGUCCCGUCUAAGCCGGCUAAAAAGGCUGUUUCCAAGAAGACGGUGAAGGAUGAGCUACCCAAAGCAAAGAAGCCGGCUGCGAAGAAAGCUGCUCCGGCAGCUAAGAAGGUUCAGCAGUCCCCGGUUGCGAAGGCCUAUGCAAAGAGAUUGGCGAAGAAGAAGGUGGUGGACUCGGACGACGAGAUGGAUGCUUUGGCUGACGAUAUUCUGAAAUCGCCCUCCGCAUCGGAUUCAGAUGAGCCUGUGGCCAGCAAUCCUGCACCGAGACCGGCGAGACGAGCGGCGACGACGAAGAAGGCGAUGGCUUAUACAUUCGACGAUGACGACGAUGAGGAUGGUGAUGCUGGAUUCCAGGAUGAUGGUUCCUCCGCAGCAUUCUCAGAUGAGUAA